AUCAUUAAUCCCUCCUAGGCGAGCCAGAAAGACGGUGAUAUUGUUACUUUUAUUUCGGGUCGCCCGACUUUCGGUCUGUUCGAGUCCACGUGUUGCGUUCGUAGCUCGUCCUUGGGAGACUGGGAGAGAAAAGAGACAGACAGCGCGAAGAAUCUUCUCGUCUGGCAGACGUCUCGUCGGUUGAGCAGUUUCGGAAGAGAGCAGCAGCAGCAGCUUCCAGUAAAGAUGCAGCGACAGUUGGCAGUAUUGCUGUUGGUCGGCCUGUGCGCAUGCGCUCUGCUCUCCGGCGCGGGUUCGGCGGCGGUGCUCAAGAGGUCGGUGGCAGACGUGUCCUCCAAGUCGGACACGGAGAGCCGGAUGUGCUACAACAGCACCCCCUGCGGCUGGAUGGUGUACGUGCCCUUCACCCGCCGCAUCGACUACUUCAUGAAGAACACGUGCGACUGCCCGAAAGGAAAGACUUGCCAGCAAGCGGAAGACGACCUGUCGGUCAGCGCGUACAUCUACCGGUGCAUGGACGCCGAGGCGUCCUCCAAGGCGACGGAUUCGUGAGCCUGACCGCGCCCUCGCGCCUCAUCAGCGAGAAAUAAAGACCGGCAAUGCCGCUCCGGCGUCAGCUGCUAAAGCUACCUUCUUCAGUGGCGGCGUAACCUCGACUCAUUACAGACCUGCACUCAACGCCUUCCCGCCGUCGAACCUUACAUCACAGCCAAACUACGAAAUCGCGUAUCUACUACACGCGAUCGUCGCACUCUCCGCGAGGACAGAACGGGCUAGAAGUAGCAGCAUUGUCCGCAAGAUGGCAGCAGCGACUACGCCAUAGCUCGAGAUGCUCCUCCUAUCUCUCGGUGAGAACGACAAGCUAGAUCGAUUUCUCUGCUAUCUCUCGACGGUAACCAACUUCUUCGUGCUAGAGUUAUCGCACAACAAUGUACUUUUUUAGUGUGUAGUGGCCGUUGCUGUUAUUUAUCACGGUUAUUUCAUUCAUAUUUAAAUAUUUGCCAAGAAUAGAUGGAUUCACAACAUUCGUAGCGUACGUACGUAUUCGUAGAUUCCUUUUAUGCAAACUUAUGAUCAUGAACCUAUAAAUAUAUAAGAAUUAUUUCGGUAAACAAACACUCACACAUAAGUAUAAUUCAAAAUUUCCCUAAUUACAAAUUAUAUUUAAAUAGACUUUGGAGCGGGGCCUUGCCUGGUGGGCAUGAAAUAGUUCCCAGAAAAAGUGGAAAAUUUGAAAAAUAAACUCUUGUAAAAUAACGCUUGUAAGCCAACCUGGAACUUAAAUUACGAAAAUAGUUUUGUUAAUUUAUCUUUAAAAAUGUAGCCUAGAUAUUCUUUGUUAAUAAAUUAUUCCCGGGUUAGUUUUAUAGUUGCUAAUGAUCAAAUUCCUUUGCAAUUGUGUCAUAUGAGGCAAUACAUUCUUUGAAAUUUUUCUAUAAUUUAAACAAUUAAAGUGUUAUUUUUACCAUUAUAAUGUCCAUAUUUUUCACAAAGAACAAGAACUAGAUGAAUAAAAAUAUGAACAUAAAUAUCUGGCACGGGGCCCAUAUUAAAAAAUUCUACUCAGAUAAUAUUUUGAAACUGAAAUAAAUUUUAAUCUAUUCUUAAGUUAUUUUGAAUUAAAAUCGCAAAAAGUUUGAAAAUUGGUUUGAAAAUUGCCUCUGCAGUCACUUUUUCAAUCAAUGGAUGAUAAGAACUGCAUUUAAGAUAUUUGCGUGUGUGUUUCCUACCCAUGAAUGGCAGAAUCAAUACUUACAUCACUAUGUGUAGGUUGUGAAUCCAGCUUCAAUAUAGAAAUAUUAUCUUACAUAAAGGUUCUCAUCUAAUAUCAAACAUUAAAGAAAUUUACAAGUUGGUAUCUUACCUUUCAUGAAGGAGAAAAAUAAAUCUGAAUCUCUUAAAUAGUUAUUGAUUCUAUUAACGUAUACUCUGUGUGUUGUGUGAGCUAAAUACUAAAUACUCAUAUUGCCACAGUAUUUAUACAUCAAACAAAUCAAACUUCACACAUGUUAAAAAUAAUUUGCAUUGUAAAGUUAUAGGUUAUAAGUGCCAUAAUAAGUAGGAUUAAUUUAAUGAUAUACAUAAUGUUUUUUACAGCAUUUAUUUUUUAUGACAGCCACACAGUUCAUUUAUGGUUGGUUAGAAGGUUCCUUACUAAACUACUACCAAUAUAAUAAACUAAUUUUUUUUAGGGUUUGAUCCAGAGAUAAUUACUCUAUUUAUAUCAUGGCUAGAUAAAACACUGUGUGUACGUAGUGUUUUAUGCCCAUGCAACAUUCAAAAACUAGUAUGUGGAUUUUACCAUUACUCAACAUACCUCCAUUCAACACUUAAACAAAUCUCCAUGGUUAAAAUUUGUCUGGAUUAUAAAUUUAUUAAAUAACCAAUUUCAAUUGUUGUAUAAGAAAUUUUAUUUGCAAUUAUUUGUACUAAAUUUGUUUACUGCAAAGUUGUUGACAAGGAAAAUAUUUUACAUAAUUAUUUAUUUAGUUUGAGGUGAAAACGUAUUGGCAUCAUUGGUUAGGCUAGAGUCUGCCCCCACACCUUCCACACUACAUGUCAUAAUUCCUAUUGUAAAAACUUAAAAUGAAUGACAAUGUAGUUCAAGCACUAUAAACCUUAUCAUUAUAAUGAAUUAUUGUAUUUCACCAGACUAAUUAAGUCUGAUAGUGAAAUAAGUAAUAAUUGUUUAUAAGGAUUAUUCACUUAAUUUUUUGUGACAAGUGAUUUUGAGGAUAUUUAAGUUCUCCCCCCCCCCCCCCCACCCAUAAUCCAGUGAUGAUGAAUGCUUUUGAUUUCAACAAUUACUUGGUAGAAUUUUUAGUACUAUUGAUUGACUAAUUUAAGAAGAUCUAAUAUACAGGUCUUACCAAAAACAUUAUUAUUGCCAUAUGGGAUUUUUUUUUGUGUUUCUAGAAAAAUGUCAUUGAUAUUUCAAGUGAUAGUAUUUUAUUUUGGUUAGUAUACAUGCUAAUAGUUAUUGGUAUAUUUAAUUGCUAAAAAAACAAUACUAACAUAAUCAUUGUGGCAAUUAUCAUCAUCAGAAAUAUUAUAUUACACUGCAGAGGGAAAGGAAAAUUUUAUCUUAUUGUUUGUAAUGCCUUUGAUAAAAUAUAUUGUAAGUUCUACAGUAUUUGUACACACAUCAGUUGUGGUAAUGGGUUAGUGUGUCAGAGAGGUAGUGAACUAAAUAUUUUACAGCUCUUUCACUGUUAUAAUAAUUAAAAUUUAAUAUUUUCAAAAUAGGUGUGUAUUUAUGACUGUUAUUUAUUUAGUUUGAGCUACUGGUGCCAAACCCUGAAUAUUUUUAAACUUUUGUAAGAAAUAUUUUCAUAACUGAAAUCUUGAAUAUAGAUUUUAUCCUGUUGUUACAGUAUUGAAGGAAUGUACUUAAAUAUUUAAACAUCACCUUAAUUUGAACUGUUCAAGAUAUUUAAGCCUUUUUAUGAGUGUAAAUUUGUAAAUAAAAUUAUUAAUGAUUUUAUUUUUGUAAAAUAAGCAUUCACAAUCAUUGAGGUAUGUAAUGUUUUUUGUCUUAUACAAACAUUACUACAUAUAAGGCAGUAAAGUAUAAUUUUGAACACUUGUUAUUUUGUCCUUGAUGAGGCAUAAUUUAUACAAACCAUAAUAUUUAUUGCUUAGUUGUUUUGAAUUUGUAUUCGAUAGAUUUAGUUUUUAUUGUGUCAGUUUACAAGAUUAUGCAUGUCAUACUUAUAUAAAAUUAAUCAUAUCUUGUUUACAAAAAUGUCUUGCUAUAGUAAACGUUGUUUAAUGUAGUCAAAUGAAACUAUUAUUCAUUAGUCUUUUUUAUUGUUUUAAAAUUAACAUUUUCAUCACUUUAUUAUUAUUAUUUUUUAAAUUUACAGUUUUGCACAAGGGCAUAUCCAGAUAAAAACAGAAGGGAAGGAAAUUUUUUUGUAAUUCAACAGAAAAAAGGGAAUUUUUUUUUGGAACUGUAUAUUUAUUUCAUGUGGUUCCAGAGAGCCAUAUAAUAAUAAACAGUGGUUAAUGAUGUUUAAAUUGAUGUUAAAAAAUUCUUUUUUGCAGCUUCUGGUUCCAUGGUUUUCUUCAGAAAGGAGGGGUUAACUUCCCCCUCCCACUUUUUUUUCCCCUUCAGUGGAUAAGUCCUUGACUUUUGUGUUAUCAGAUGUUCAAGAAUCAGGUUUAAAGUUUUCAAAAAUGUUGAAAAUAUCAAUAAAAACAAACACCAUAA